UCCUUCAAAAAGAUAGUUAUCAGAAAGAUAGCACACCGACCCAGCACCUCUCGACAGGCCAAACAAUAAACUCCCGUUCCCUCAGCGGCUGGUCCUGCGAGACGUGCAACGGACCGGAAUAACCACCGACUUGCUACAAGCGCCGCGUCACCUUAGCACCUCCCAUACCGGUUCCUUACCGUUCUGGUCCUAACAGGACUGCCAAAGCGGGGAGGUCGACAAGGCACAGCCUCAACCCGCCGAGCCACGAGCCAGUUACGGAUACUCACCCACUCAAUCGACAUCCACCUCGACAUCGCACGGAAGCUUUCCUGCCAUCGUGUCAUCCCGACAUCUCGAUACCGUUUUGACACCCAUCACAACCUUCCUCGCUGUUCCGCGAUAACCAUCAAGACAGCAAAGCGAACAGUCGAGAAACAGCCCACCCUGGACCUCGGUCGGUUCACACACGACCACUCCUGCUCGCAACGAUGAGCGGAAGUCGAGAUUCUGGGCUGCCGCCCCAGCCAAACCUUCGAGUCACAAUCAUCGCUGCCGACGGUCUCUACAAGCGAGAUGUGUUCCGCUUCCCCGAUCCAUUUGCUGUAGCCACCAUCAACGGUGAGCAGACCAAGACCACCACAGUAUCCAAGAGGACCCUCAACCCAUACUGGAACGAGAGCUUCGAUUUCAAGGUGAAUGAGGACAGCAUCUUGGCUGUCCAGGUGUUUGACCAGAAGAAGUUCAAGAAGAAGGACCAGGGCUUUCUAGGGGUCAUCAACAUCAGGAUUGGCGAUCUGAUAGAGCUCGCAUCAGACGCAGAUGACCAGAUGCUCACGCGAGACCUCAAGAAAUCGACCGACAACCUGGUAGUCCAUGGAAAACUCAUUGUCAAUCUCUCCACGAACCUCUCAACGCCCGUCCGAGGUGGUCAACAGCCGCCACCCUCCGCUGCGUCCAGUCGUCCCUCCCUCCUCACCCCGCAAGGCUCUACCGUCUCGGCAGAUAGGGCAUCCGAAAGACCGACGUCGGCCAUGUCGUCGGGCAACAGUAACCUCUUAGCGGGAAACCAACUCUCCGUUGCCCAUCGACCGGCUAGCAUGGCAGCAUCCUCAUCCUCCGCCCCCCCGGGCAACGCGAAUGGCACCGGCCACCCACGUACCAGUAGCACCCUAAGUCCCUUUGAAGAUGCCCAGGGUCGGCUGCCUGCCGGCUGGGAACGGCGCGAGGACAACCUGGGGAGGACGUACUAUGUUGAUCACAACACAAGGACCACUAGCUGGACUAGGCCGACGGGGACUGGAACCACCGACUCGCGCAUCGUCGAGGCCGCAACUCAAGUCGAACGUCAGAGACACCAGAACAGGACGCUGCCCGAGGACAGGACGGGUGCGAAUUCGCCAACCCUCCAAGAGCAGCAGGCUGCGGCUGCUCAAAACGGGAAUGCCGCCACUCUGAUGCACACAGGAGCUACGAGCCCCGGGACUGGUGAGCUGCCUCCCGGCUGGGAACAAAGGUGGACUCCGGAAGGCCGCCCCUACUUUGUCGAUCACAACACCCGCACGACUACCUGGGUUGAUCCUCGUCGCCAGCAAUAUAUCCGCAUGUAUGGGGGCCAGAAUAAUACCAACGGCACCAUCCAGCAACAGCCAGUUUCCCAGCUCGGGCCCUUGCCAAGCGGCUGGGAGAUGCGCCUCACCAACACCGCUCGCGUCUACUUUGUUGAUCACAAUACCAAGACGACCACCUGGGACGACCCCCGGCUACCCUCUUCCCUGGAUCAGAACGUGCCCCAGUAUAAGCGAGACUUUAGGAGGAAGCUCAUCUACUUCCGGUCGCAACCCGCCAUGCGUAUCCUGUCAGGACAGUGCCACAUCAAGGUUCGACGGUCUCACAUCUUCGAGGACUCCUUCGCAGAGAUUUCGCGCCAAUCCGCCACCGAUCUCAAGAAGCGACUGAUGAUCAAGUUCGACGGCGAGGACGGUCUGGAUUACGGCGGUCUCUCGCGAGAGUUCUUCUUUCUGCUGUCGCACGAGAUGUUCAACCCCUUCUAUUGCCUCUUCGAGUACUCCGCACACGACAACUAUACCCUCCAGAUUAAUCCGCACUCGGGCAUCAACCCCGAGCAUCUUAAUUACUUCAAGUUCAUCGGCCGCGUGGUUGGUCUCGCCAUCUUCCACAGGCGGUUCCUUGACGCCUUCUUCAUCGGAGCCCUGUACAAGAUGGUCCUGGGCAAGUCUGUGGUUCUGGCGGAUAUGGAGGGCGUGGAUGCAGACUUCCAUCGUUCACUGCAGUGGAUGUUGGACAACGACAUCUCGGGCGGCAUUCUGGAGCAGACGUUUUCUACCGAGGAUGAGCGGUUCGGCGUCAUCACCGUUGAAGACCUCAUCCCGGGUGGUCGUGACAUCGAUGUUACGAACGACAACAAGAAGGAGUACGUGGACCUCAUGGUGAAGUGGAGGAUCGAGAAGCGCAUUGCCGAGCAGUUCCAGGCGUUCAAGGAGGGCUUCCAGGAGCUCAUUCCCCAGGACCUCAUCAACGUAUUCGACGAGCGCGAGUUGGAGUUGCUCAUUGGCGGUAUCGCCGAGAUCGACGUUGACGACUGGAAGAAGCACACCGACUACCGCGGAUACACCGAGUCCGACGAGGUCAUCCAAUACUUCUGGCAGACGGUGCGCAGCUGGGAUGGCGAGCAGAAGUCGCGCCUGCUGCAGUUCACCACGGGCACCUCGCGUAUCCCCGUCAACGGCUUCAAGGAUCUCCAGGGAAGCGAUGGACCACGGCGUUUCACCAUCGAAAAGACGGGCGAGAUCACCAAUCUACCCAAGGCACACACCUGCUUUAACCGACUUGACCUACCGCCAUAUAAGUCUCUCGAGAUGCUUCAGCAGAAAAUGACCAUAGCCGUCGAGGAGACGAUGGGCUUCGGUCAGGAGUAAGCGAAGACGAGGUGGGCUGACAUUGUAUAUAAAAUUGGCUGCGUAUCGGAAAUACGCGGCCUAAUGGCAACUGGAUCAACGACGUAUUCUGGCCCCUUUCCCCAUUCCUUUUUGCUAGACCCCUGGUUUGUUCGCCUUUAGGGGUGAAGGCACGCGGCAAGAUAUGCCAUUCUUUCUGUCUUGUACAAAUGCCGAGGGGGACAGGCUGCCCGUUGCGCGGCGCAAGGAG